GUUUGUAUCCGUACGAAGUUCAAAUAUAUUCGUUUGUUUGAAUUUUGACAACGGUUGUGAGGGAUGGCAGACAUACAACAAAGUAGGUUUGAAAAAUCAUUGGGUUUACUAACCACAAGAUUCGUCUCACUGUUGCAACAGGCGAGGGAUGGUGUCCUUGAUUUGAAAGUUGCAGCAGAUAUAUUGGCUGUGAGGCAGAAGAGGAGGAUAUAUGACAUCACAAAUGUUCUUGAGGGCAUUGGUCUCAUUGAGAAGAAAAGCAAGAACAGCAUUCAGUGGAAGGGUGCUGGUCCUGGCUGCAACACACAGGAAACAGCUGAACGGCUGUCAGUAUUGAAGAAAGAAAUUGCAAUGCUGGAUGAACAUGAACAGAAGCUUGACACACACAAGCAGUGGGUGCAGCAGAGUAUUAGGAACAUCACAGAUGAUGUGGAAAAUUGUCGUCUGUCGUAUGUAACUCAUGCUGACAUCUGCAGUUGUUUUGAUGACACAAUGCUUGCCAUUCAGGCACCCAAUGGAUCAGAGCUUGCUGUACCGCCUGGAAAUGAUAAAGAUCCACUUGGUAAACCCGUAUAUCAAAUACACCUUAAAUCUUCUAUAGGACCUAUAUCGGUUCUUCUGGUUGACAGGAAGAUUGAGGAGCCGAACAUUAAAGAAGAAAGCAUGGACAAUGUGGAACAGGGCACCAGUGGGACAAUGACUGAAGAGCAGGUAUUGACAGAUGCCCGUGAAAAGUUAGAAGCAUACAAAGCAGCUAUGAAAGCACCACCAGAAACAUUAGCUGGUACUGCUCUUGCUUCUCGUACAACAAGAUUGCGCAGUUCACCGCAGAAGGGCACAUUGCCAACAACAAUGGCCAAAGUUCCUGUUAGGCAGGCAGCCACUACACAGGAGGAACAAGUAUCACAGUCACCAUCAAGCCCUAAACGUCGUAGAGGUCCAGGGCGACCACCCAAACACCCAAAACUAGACCUAGACGUAGAAUUGGAUAUGGAAUUGUUGGAGCCCGAUAUCAUUCUCAGUGAUGUUGUAUCUGGUGAUGGCACUGAUGUGCCAAUGGGUUUUGAUGGAGAGUUCCUUGAAGAUCUGAUAUCAUCAGAACUUUUCGGGCCUUUUGUGAGAUUGAGUCCUCCUCCAAGUGAUAAGGACUACUGCUUCAAUCUCAGUGAUUCAGAAGGAGUUUGUGACUUGUUUGAUGUUCCAUUGAUUUCUAUGUGAAUAGUUCCUCCAUACAAGCAUUUGCAACUCCAGUAUGAAACUGUUAUUGACCGUUAUGUCACAAUGCUUAAGUGGCAUAUUGUGAAUAUAAAUUUAUAUUUAUACAUUCCUUUGUUGUGUGAAACAGUUGUAAGAAAAGUAUUCUUCUUGUACAAUAUAUUUUUUUUAUUUUUGCUGUUUGUGAACACUCAAAUGAUCAUGCUGUGAAGAGUUUGUUUUUAAAUUUUUGUGAAUAUUUAUGUGACAUAUACUUUUGUCAGAAGUAUGUUAUGUAUAAAGCACUGUGUGGCAGCUUGUGUAUAUUGUACAAAGUUU